CUGGUGUGAGUUCGUAAAUUUUGAAAGAUGGCCGCUUUUCCCUGGCACUUCCGGAACCGUCUAUGGUGGUCAAUGUAGUCAACGAAAGUUUAAUUGGCCGUCGGUGACCUAGAACAGCAAAUUUAAGUUGUUUGAGAGACAUUUUAGCGAAAUUUUUACCUUUUUUGCUUUCAUCGGAGUAUCGGUUUGAAUCACAAUUUGCUACGUGAUCGCGCGCCACAACCUGUAACUGUAACAUUGCCUGUCUCGUCUGCAAAUUGUAGCAUGUGAUUUUGACGGGGAGCCCUUCCGAGAGUCUAGCCAACCGUCCGUAGAUGCGUUCAUUGAGGAAACAGAACUAUGUAGUAUCGUAGAAGCUGAGAACGAACAGUCGUUACAAUUAACACUACCUCCAGAUGAACCACCUUAGAUCACCUUUCAAGGAUACAGCAGUAAUCGCACCUAAAACAAUAACCAGAUUUAGAAACUCGACGAAAUCGGUUGCAUUGAAAGCCGUCGUUGGUAGAAAGUAUUAUAUCUGCGUAACUGUUUUUGAAGACGCAAACGAGUUACUCCAACAUUUGUCGGAAGUACAUGCCACAAACGUGGGAUACCAUUGCAAAGAAUGUUUUUCCAAGUUCCGUCAGGUUAUCGCAUAUAACCGUCAUCUGGGUCGACAUGAAACAAAGGAACGACCGAACAAAUGUAGCGUCUGUCAGCUUGGAUUUUCUUCCCCAAAUCAGGUGAAGGUUCAUGAAAACAAAGUUCAUGGAAUUGAAAAUAAUGCCAAAAUUCGUUCACCAGUGACGAUAUUCAAAAGCUGUAAUAUUUGUGAUAAAACAUUCAGGUGUAACUCUAAACUGAACUUUCACAUACGAAGGGUACACAACAGCCAGUGGAUUCCUAUCUGUAACAUAUGCGACAAGACCUUCACAGCUAAGUCAAGUUUGGAACGACACAUGCUUUUACACACGCAAGAAAAACCUUUCGUUUGCGACUUGUGUGACACCUACUUUAGUCGUUCGCUUGAUGUUAAGAAUCAUGUAAGAAUGGUGCACGAAAGUUUAAAUCCUCACGUUUGUGAGGAAUGUAGUGAACAAUUCAAAAACUAUCACGGUCUUUGCAAGCAUCACCAGAUUGUUCAUUUAAACAAAUCUCUGCCAGCGGUACGGUUUAAGCCGUAUCACUUGAUCUGUAAGCUCUGUAAGCGACCUCACAGAAAAUCUAGUGAACUGAUUGAACAUAUUCGACAGGGCCACUCUAAUGAAACGUAUCCAUACGUACAGUGUCCGGUUUGUCCAAAAACCUUUUUGUCUACGCAACAUCUGAGUUGCCAUAAAGAGAUUCAUACGGACAAGUACACCUGUAUGUACUGCGGCGCGCGCAAUGCGACAAUUCACCGGCUGCAAACCCACGUCGAAAAUCAUCACAAUGAAGAGCGUAGGUAUGACUGUCCCAUCUGCAACAGUAAAUUGUACAAAUCGGCAUCCGCCCUGCGAACGCACGUGCUCACCCAUAGCCGCGGGAAGCAAUACCGGUGCGAUAUAUGUCGGAGAGAUUUUAUGCGAAAGAAUCAGUUGAGCAUACAUCGCCGGACCCAUACAGGCGAGAAACCAUUUCAGUGUGAAAUCUGUCAGAAACGAUUCAGCGAUGGUGCAUCGUACUGCAAGCACAAGAAGCGCUGCAUGCGGUUGUCUUUGAACAGUGAUGUGUCUGUUUGAGGGGCGCUGAAGGCAGAUCAUGAUCAAGAAGGAUUCACAAAGGCUGUACUAUUGAUAUUGUUUAAAUUAUAUUGUUUAUAAGGGAUACCGAAUUGUAGUAUGUGUAGUCUUUAAGAAUUUACAUCACCACAGGAUUGAAAAUAUAUUCUUCUCACUUUUUAAU